AUGCCUAAUCUAACAUCUUAUCGUGCUCCUCCUAUUCAUUUAAAUCGAGAACUUCCAAAAACUUAUUGUGAUUUAAUUCGACAUGAAAUUGAUUAUAAUCAUUUUCUUCGUACACGUAUUACAAAUAUUCAAUCAUCAUUAUCUUUUACAAAUAAGAAACAUUUAACGAAAACAAAAAAUAUUCAACGACAUCGUAAAUUUUUUGAUCAUAAUCAACGUUUAUUUCAUAUAUAUAAACGUAAUUUACAAUUAUGUCAAAAAAUUCUUCAAAUUUGGUCAAAUAAUGGUAAACAAAAAGGUGGUAUUGAUUGUCAUAAUGAAAAUUAUAGAAAACAAACAAAUAUUUCUCAUUUUCGUUUACAACAGAAACAUUGGAAAGAUAAUAUUGAAAAUGAAAAUCAACGAUUAAUUCAUUCAUUGAUAUAUCAUCGAAAGAAAUAUCAAUCAGUAUAUGAUCGAUAUACAACCUAUGAAGCUUAUCAGUAUCAUUUAAAAUUAUUAAAAUCUAUGUGUCAAUAUCCGAAAUAUAAUACAAAUUCGAAUAUUUCUUUACGAACUCAAUGUCAAACUUUACCAUUCUCAUAUAAAUUUCAUAAACAAAAAUCGAAAAUAAACAAAACAAAAUUUAAUAAAUCAAUUAAAAAUAAAGAAAUAAGAACAAAUAAAUAUAUAGAAAAUAUUUUACAACAAACAAUGAAUAAUGCAAUUUAUAUUUAUAAUCAACCUCUUUCAUCUGCAUUCAAUCGUAUUAAAUCAUCAUAUUCUGCAGAUAGUCAAUGGUUGAAACCACGUUUAUAUAAUCACACAGCACUCUUUCGAUCAUUUUCAUGUCGUCAAUUGCUUGAACCUUGGCAUAAUACAAAACGACAGAGAGAACCAAUAGGAAGUUAUACGAUUAAUGAUAAAAUGAUCAAUGAAAAAUAUCAUGUCUCUGAUUCAUAUAAUAAUGUACUUUAA